AUGGAUCCCAUUCCAGCGGGAUCGCGAGGUGCGCUCCGCCUUCAUCCUGGCGCUCGGCCGUCUCGCGAGGAUGCCAACAUCAGCGUCUUGCCUUCCCAGCGGUGGACCUUCCAGAGCGAUCAGACCUGCCGUGACGCUCGAUUCGCAACCUCGCCCUGGAUCACCUCGUCCGGCACUUCUCACGGUGCCACGCUCACUCCAGCUACAGCGCCCCCUCCAUCCGCCAUCCGCAGCCUAUAUCUAGCUACCGACGACGAGGCUCCCGCUUCCAUCGAUGCAGACAUCCUCGCAGCCCAACGCUUCCUGCGCAGCCAUCAUCCUGACGUCGAGAUCCCCGACCACAUCCUCGCCCAGGUCUUUGUCGAGAAUGCCAGCGACAUUCACGGACGCGGCUGCUCGCUCGAUGGAGGAGCCAUCGGUCUGGCUGAUGCACAGGCCGUCGCGCUGCUUGGUCCGCUCGCUCUGCCGGACAAGCGCAUCUAUGCGGUCGUGUGUAUCGGCGGAUUUCAUCGCAAUAUGCUGCUAGUUCAUCAGCUGCAAGUGUCCGCACCGAGACAAGACGACAGCGCUUCUGCCGUGCAGAUUCCGGAAGCUGGGCCCUCCACUCGGGCGCUGCAAGAACUGCCGUCCACCCAGCCAGACGCUCUGCGCUUCAUUCCCGCUCACCAAGCACAGCACACGUUCGCGACUCCGGUCCUACAGAUUGUCGCGUCCUCAGAUCGGAUGCAACUCGCUUUGCGGACUCACUCGGCCACCGCUUUCUUCUCGCUUGGCCCACCCGAUGCCUCCGCGCUCCAACACGGCCCCCAGCUCCAUCCGAUCCACCAUGUUCGCUUCGGCCAAGACGGCUCCACCCAGCACCACGACAUCGCCUUUAGCCCGUAUACCCCCAACGUCGCGGCUGCCGUCGAUCGCGACGGAAACAUCACAACUUUUCGACCGCAGACUCGCCACCCGGACUCUGGCGGCUCAGACCCACCACCACCGUCCAAAGAUGCAUUGCCACCACCUCCUUCAUCCGCCGCUUCCAGAUCGGCAGAAUGGCGAAAACAUGCUCAGCCUUCGCGAGGCUCGCCUGAAAGCGCUGCUCUCUCCGUUGAUGUGCAACACAUCGAUGUGGGACGCGGCAUUGGGCAGAUGCAGCCACAGACGGAUUCGCGCGAUCUCGACGGCUCGUCGACAACGGAGCCCGUGCGAAACGAGCGACCUUCCUUUGAGGGACCUUAUCGCAUUGCGUUUGGCGCAGCAGAUGACAGCAUCAUCCUUCUCUCUCGCCAUUCGAUCCUCAGUAUCUGUGUGGAAAGUUCGGAUGCGGUUACGGAUGCCGCACCGACUGCGCGCGUUGCUUCCGUCUUCCAGUCGAGCUUCUCCACCGCUUCCUUCCGUCGAGCGCGAUUUGUCUCCAUGGCUACAGCCUCGUCGCAAUCACAACACCCGCUGUUGGCCGUCUGCUCGACCGACUCGAUCCACUGGUUCCACCUCGGCCACGAACUUCGUCCGCUCUUUGCCGUCGCACAUCAUCGUGGCAACGAUCCCACUCUGGCCUUGACUCAUCUCCCUCGGACGGAGAGGUCGGGCACCAAUACCGCGUCGGAAAACAGCAACCUCGACAAGGUCAUGUGGACGCUCUCCUCUCGUAACAACAAUGUAGUCUCGUGCUAUACUGUCACCGUCGACUUGAGGAUGGAUGCAGCCUUCGAGUCUUGUCCAGAUCCAAAUGCAUGCAGCAGCGAGGAGAAGUACAAGCUCGGCGACGCACCCUCGCUUCUUCCUUCGCCGUUCGUGACGUCGCAUCAGCAAAGGCUUGGGGCUCCACCGCUUUUCGUUAGCGCCACCGAGCUUCUAUCGCAACAGUGUUCCCCGGCAUCGUGGCUCAGCUUCCACAUGACGGAACGCGGCAUGCUCUCGGCCCAGAUGUUGAGGUUCAAUGUUGAUCCCCUCGGCGAAAGCGCCUCGCAGACUCAGCUCGGCGCGGAGCUCCAAGUGGCCGAGCCGCUCGUCCCAACACAACUCUACCUGCAUGACUCUGUCACACCAUCGGCAACGACGUGCGAGGUUGAUUCGCUCAGCAAUGUCAAGACCCGCAUCGUCGACCGACACUAUUUGCAGCAAGCCAUCUUUUCAAGGCAACGGCUUCCAUACAGGCGCGAGCAGACCGACGUAGAAAUGACUGCCAACUUGACAGAGCGUCUUCGUCAAUCAUCUGCAGAAUCCACCACGGCGCAUGUAUCGACCCGAGCAUCCACUCUGACGCUUGGUCAGCUCCUUCGCGACUCCUGCCCCGGUGCCGCAUUGAAGCAACGAGACGACUCGAGCUCCAAAGCCUCGUGGUCGAACGUCCCCGAUCCUCUGGCUGGCGAUGGAGGAGCGCAAGCAGCCGAGUCCAGCAUCAUGGCACUCCGAAGAGAAGUUCGCCACGCUCUUUCCUCGCUCGGCGUGUCUCCGGCGCAACAUGCAUGGUCACGCUCAGCUACCGCGGCAUCGCAUGCGGGCGAAACGAUCGAGGGGAUCGACCCGGCCAUCACUGGCGAUGUGGAUCCGCUCGAACACGCUCUUCAUCACAAGGACGACCAAAGCGAGCUGGCUCCGUACCUUGCUUCCCGUGCUCGGGUGCAGUCUUGGAACUCGACCGAGCGAAUGGCUACUCAGCGGUCGCUGCGGGAUGCAGCUCGACGCAUGGCGCUCGAUCUAGCGCUAGAGACCGAGGUCUUUGUGCGACCCAAGGCUCGCAUCCUCGACGAGGGCGCAUCGACGCAGAGGCCACAGCAGCGGCGUGGCACCAAUUGGACGCCGCUCGAACACCGCGACAUCUUUGCCUUUGUCGAGGAGCAGGGAGGCACUGUGCCUCCGCCGCACGUUGGAAGCAUCGGGCUGUCGUUCUUUGCGCCGCUGCGCAGCAACGAUCUCGAAGCUGCAGCGGCUGCAUCCGCGAGCCAGAGCAGCGACGGUCAGGGGCUGAGCGGUGCGGACCUGGAGCGUCUUCUGCCGAGCACUUCAUCGACGGCACGCCUGUUGCUGUCAGAAUGGCAGCUGGGUGAAGAUCCGAACGAGUACACGUACGUCGAUCCGUUCGAGGGUCUGCAUCGGCUUCCGAGGGCAAGUCGACUGCGAGGCUCUUCGGCACGUGCGCGCUCUCGCUCCUUCUCGCGUGCGUCCAGCGUUUCAACCGAGGACCGUUCGAGGAGCCGCAGCCGGAGUCGAAAGCCUUUCAUGGGUGGGUCAUUUUCGCAGCCGGAAGGCCAUUCGUCUCCUGCGCCGGGCUCAUCCUAUCCUGCAUCGGUGGCGUCGCACAGUCAACCCGUGGGCUCGUCGUCGCUUGCACCGCCCACUCUUGUGUCGAGGCGGAAGCGGCCGCAUGGCGGCGUGAUUUCACGCUCGCAACCCUUGCGUGCGCCGGGAGCUGAACGCGCACAGCCGCGGAACGACACGCUGCCAAUGUCGGUGCUGGCAGUGUCAUCGACGCCUCCGCCUAGGUUUGACGCCGCCCAAACGCAGCCGGCUCCGCCACGAUUUGGAUCGCUGAUCGCAUCGGAGGUCGGCAGCCCUGGCCCAGCUGCAACGACGGCCUACACCCAGGUCGAAGCGGGUCUCUUUGGAGCACGUCCAGCAAACACCGACCGACCUCCCAAGAAGAAGAAACGCGCGAGCGGAUUCUAG